AGCCGGGUCCUGCCAGACGGUAAUGGGGAACCCCAACCAUCCACGCGUCUCAUCUUGGGGGUCCCAAGGGAUGUUCGGUUAUUAGCUUCUGCGGGGGCUGGGCACAGGCAGCAGAAUACCAAGGCCACCCAGCAGGGAGGAGGACGCCGAAAAAGCCCCGGAGGACCCUCUGGACGGACCAGGAGCAGAUGCUGAGACCUGGAGCAACCGGCUGGGAGUGAAGCCGGGCACUGCUCUCUCCCUUGGCAGAAGGAGCCAGGAUGGGGACCCCACAUGGGGUCUGUGGCAGGCUGCGCGUGGCCGCCCUGUCCUUGACACUGCCCCUGCUCCUCGCCCAGCUCUGUCACAGCAGCCACAAGGUGCCCCCGCGGACGUCCCGCCAGGCGCCAGAGGAGGACGGGACUGGGCCCCGCGUGCCAGGCGUCUGGGGCAGCUGGGGCCCCUGGUCAUCCUGUUCCCAGCCCUGCGGCCCAGGGGUCUCGGAGCGCACACGUGUCUGCCAGCCCCCGCUCCUGCCACCGCCACCACCAGCAGCCUGGGCUGGGGGGGGCACCCGCCGCCCGGCACCCCCCUUCCAGGAGGAGUGGGCUGGCACCUACCCCCUGCACACGGACGGGGGGCCGGCCCUGCCCCCCCGCUACAGCCCACCGCCCCGCUACACCCGCCAUGAGGAGCUGCCCGCUGCGCCCCUCCGCAGGCCCCCCCCUGCCCUGGACGACUCCUCUGGGCACGGCCUGGCCCCUGUCCCACGCCGCCCGCCCUCCCGGGCCCCCGCCCGCAGCGUCAUCCCCCUCUUCAAGCCUGAGGUGGGUGACAGGCCCCGGCACAGCUCCAUGGGCCACAGCAGGACAGCGACCCCCACACAAGUGGCUGGCGCUGCCCGGAGGUCCCAGACACGCGACACCAUCAAGCCGGGGAAGUAUGGCUACGGCAAGGUGCCCUUCGCACUGCCCCUACACAGGGAGGAGGGUGCCCCCCGCCUCCGGCGCCACCCAGGGCCCCCACUUCCGGCCAAGAAGCCCAAGCGCAAAGCCGGUCUGGCCGCGGCCCGGCAGAAGCCCGCCAGCAACAUGCAGCACCCGGCACGGGGGCCGGCAACGCCGCUGACCAAGGGUGGCGUGGAGCUGGGGGGGCCUGACGUGCCUCGCGGCUCAGGGCAGGGGGAGAUCGGGGACUUGGGGGCUGCAGUGCUGGAGCCCCAGGGCAGGGCGGGGGAUGAGCCGGGCUUGACAGGGCUCCCCGGGGCCGAGGCAGGCACGGGCAGCCGGGGGCAGCUGCCGGGAAACCACAGCUCCCUGCCCCAGCCGAGGUCAGGGGGCAUCCACAAGGGGGUGCUGAACCGGGAGGGGCCUGACUCUGGGAGGCCACCUCCCCCUGCCCGCCCCCGAGUGCAGCGCCAGGACAGGCCCCGGGCGGGCACCAGGAUGACCCACAGCCUCUAUGUGGACCAACCAGUGCCCGAGCCUGACACAUGGCUGCGCCAUCACCCCAUCCCCAGCGCAGGGCACAGCCCCCCCGACACGUCCCGCUGGAACCUGUACUCCCCUGGCACCGAGAGCCUCCACUGCGAGGGCGAGAGCCAGCAGCACAAAGCCUGCCAGCAGGAGUCGUGCCCCCCCAGCCAGCCUGACCCACGGGCCCUGCAGUGCGCGGCCUUCAACAGCCAGGAGUUCAUGGGCCGGCUCUACCAGUGGGAGCCCUUCACCGACGUGUGGGGAGCCCAGCGCUGCGAGCUCAACUGCCGCCCGGUCGGCUACCGCUUCUACGUGCGGCACACGGAGGCAGUGCGGGACGGCGCGCCCUGCCAGCCUGGCACCCCGGGCAUCUGCGUGGCUGGACGCUGCUUGAGCCCCGGGUGCGACGGGGUACUGGGCUCCAACCGGACGCUGGACGCCUGCGGGGUCUGCGGGGGCGACGGCUCCACCUGCCGCCUGGUGAGCGGCAACUUCAGCGACCGGCACGUGCCCAUCGGCUACCACCGCAUCCUGCGCCUGCCAGCCGGUGCCACCCACAUCCGCCUGGCCCAGCGCGCACCCAGCCCCAACUACCUGGCUCUGCGGAGCCGCGCUGGGAAGUCCCUCAUCAAUGGGAACUGGGCCGUGGACCCACCGGGGCGCUAUGAGGCUGGUGGCACUGUCUUCACCUACGCCCGGCCCAGCCCUGGCGAGCAGCGUGGCGGGGAGACUCUGACGGCUGAUGGCCCCACAGCCGAGCCCCUCGAUGUCUAUAUCAUCUUCCAGCAGGAUAACCCUGGCAUCUCCUACCAGUACUUCGUAGCAGUGCCCAGGCCCGAGAGCCCCCAGCCCCAGUUCGGCGCCCUGACUGUGGUGUCACCGAGUGAGACGCUGGAGCUGCCCACACCACCCGCCCCUGUGCCCGCCCGGCCCCCUGGCACGCUGCAGAGGAACGUGCGUGUGCCCCCACUGCCACCUCCUGCCACUGGACCUCAUGGCCUCUACUGGAAGCGCGUGGGCUCCACACCCUGCUCGGCCUCCUGUGGCACAGGGUCCUGGAAGCCACUGUUUCGCUGCGCCUGGCGCCACUCGCACGAGGAGCUGGAGGAUGAGCGGUGCCACGGGUUCCCCCGCCCGCCCGCGCCCCCCGAGCCCUGCAACACCCAGCCCUGCCCAGCCUACUGGGCCGUGGGCGAGUGGUCGGCUUGCAGCCGGUCGUGCGGGCCGGGCACACAGCACCGCCAGGUCCUGUGCCGCCAGAGCUUCGCCAACCGCAGCACCACAGUGCCGGCCCAGCGCUGUGCCCAGCUGCCCCGGCCCAGCCCCAGCCAGGCCUGCCAGGCACAGCCCUGCAGCCACUGGGAGGUGCGCACCGGCUGGAGUGCAUGCUCGGUGCCAUGCGGGCUGGGCCAGCGCAGCCGCCACGUGCGCUGCGUGAGUGACCAGGGUGACGUGCUGAGUGAUGGCGAGUGCCAGGGCAGCCACCGGCCCAGCGCCCGCGAGGCCUGCGACAUGGGGCCCUGCCAGCGUGCCUGGUUCCAUAGCUCCUGGAGUGACACGUGCUCAGCAGAGUGCGGCCCAGGCAUCCAGCGCCGCGCCGUGGUCUGUCUGUCCAGCCCGGGCGAGGGGCCGACGGAGGAGAGCUGCGUGGGCACCCGGCCCCCCGACAUGCGUGCCUGCAACAGCGGGCCCUGCCAGCGCCUUGCCCACUGGUACACAGGGCCCUGGAACCAGUGCUCAGCCGAGUGUGGGACGGGCACGCAGCGCCGCGACGUGAUCUGCGUGACCCAGCUGGGCGCUGACUUCAACGUGACAGGGGCAGCCGACUGCGCUCCCCAGCCGCGCCCACCCACCCUGCAGCCCUGCAUCGGCACCUCCUGCCGCCCCCGCUGGUUCUCCACCUCCUGGAGCGCGUGCUCCAAGUCGUGUGAGGGCGGUGUGCAGGUGCGGGAGGUGCAGUGCCUGACGCCCAACCGCACCCUCAGCAACCGCUGCCCGCCGGAGCUGCAGCCACCCGAGAAGCGCGUCUGCAACACCCAGCCUUGCGCACCCGAGCUCGAUGAGAGCUGCCAGGACAAGCACCCCAACUGCGUGGUGGUGGUGCAGGCGCGGCUCUGCGUCUACGCCUACUACCAAGCCGUCUGCUGCGCCGCCUGUGCCCGCACCCUCACCCGCCGCCAGGCCCCACCCGCUCGGUAGCACCCGACCCCCAGGAUAAGGCAGAUGCCACCCUGGAGCCCCUGGCGGCCUCUGAUGGAUCCUUCGUCCUGGGCUUGGAGACAGAGAUCCUGCUUGUCCCAGGGCCAGGAUUGGGCCCUACCUGCCCAGGAUCAGGCCCCUUGUGCCUUCCUGAUGGCCCCAGCAGGGAGCAAGGACUGAGCCCAGACGCCUGUCCUGCCCCAGCUGCCCCUUCUGUAGCCAGGGCUGGGAGCCCCCCACGGCCACCCCCGUCCCCCCACCCCAUCAAGGGGACUGGAGUCAGCUCAAGGUCCCUGCAAGCCCAUGAUGGUGCCUAGAACCUGCCCUCCCAGGUGCUCAGACCCCCCCAGAGAGGGUGGGCAGGAUGUGACCAUCUCUGUGGCCACCCCUGGGGGGCACCUUCCUGUGCCCCACCAGCAGGGGGCAGCACCGCCUAGUACUGGCAUGGCACACCUGUGUGCACAUACACACACACCCACCCCAGGACUCCCCGCCAGCUGGGCACUUCCUCCCCCCACCGCACCAGCCCCGUGAAUGGGACCACAGCCCCACCCCCCUCUGCCCAGCUGGAACAGCUGUAUCUAGGGGGUGAGGGGUGACCCAUAUCAGCCCAGCACCAGGCCCCAUAUCCAAUCUGGCCUGGGCAGGGGUUCAAUCUGCCCCACUGGAGAUGCCCUCCCCCCACCAGCAGCAGAAGGCUGUUAUGUUCCCAGGCACCGCGUGCCAGGCUAGCCAGGCCAGGCCACUGUAUAGCUCCCAGUCGGGGGCACCCAGAGUUAUAUGAAGCUAUAAAGGUCUAUGGUAAAGAAUGUAUCGGGGGGACGGGGUUGAUUAUGAAAAUCUAAUUUAUUUUUAUUAAAGAUGAUUGGACAGUU